GGGAGGGGGCCUGAAGGAAGAUGGGGCGGCCCCCUUCUCCAAUUCUGGGAUCUUCCUGGAAGGGCCCACCACUCCCUCCUGCCAGGCCACCUGCGGGCAUCUCCGUGGUGGGGAGGGGAGGGAGGAGCCCAGAAACCUCUGUGAGGUCAGCAGGAAGGAGGGGAGGUGGGCCAGAAGCCCCCUCCCCAAAGGAAGAAACCCAUUCUCCCUGAGAAGGAGGACUGCAGUUGAAAGUGGGGGGUCUGCUUAAGACUUGGACCCCUGCUUUGCCCAGCCAAGGGUAGAGGCUGGGCCAAUCAGGAGAGAGGAGGAGGGGGCCGCAGCAGCCCCCGCUGCCCUCGGGCCCCAUCAGUGGGUAGAAGACCCUUCAUGAUCGAGCCCCAAAGGGGGGUUCUUCGCUUCCUGCACCCCCAAAAUCGUUUUCUCCCCAGAUUCCAGCCUUCGAGUGGCCAAGGAGCAGCCGACCUGCCAGGCAGGAUUUUCGGUCUCCCCUUCAACCCCUGGCCCAGGACUCUGCCCCCCACUCCCACACCAAAGGUUCCUGGGUAGUGGGGUGGGCUGCCUGAAGCCCACCGGCUCAGCCACUUUGGUAGGCCUGUUUUAACCGCUGGGCACUGCACUGGUUCCUUGGUGCUGUCCUGUAAAUUUGAGGAGGAGAUCCCUCUGUCUGGGAUGGGUGCCGAGUCUGAUCGCGGGGCUGGGAGGGGGUGGAGUUUGGCCUCCUUUUUCAGGCAGGAAACACCCAGCCCCCCCCACUUCUGGGCACCCAGCUGUGCCACAAAAGGAUUUUUGGGGUUUUGCCUUGCCCCCUUGCAUGGGUCUCGGCUCAAAUGGGAAAGGGGGCAGAUAGCCAAGGCGUGAGCCAAGGGGUGGGGGUGAUGUUCCCCUUUGGACGCUGGGGAGUGGGGCAGGGGGCACUUGUAGGGCAGGCUAAGCCCAGAUUGUCAAUUCAGGGAAGUAUCGGGAGGAAAGGGGUCAGAGCUUGGAAGAGGUGUGUGUGGGGGGGUCUAGUUCUUGGCUUCUGGGCUCUUGGGACCCCUCCUCUUCGGAAGAGUUUGGGCAUCGCCCCCUCCCUCCAAACCCACCAUGCUGUUUCUCCGUAGAGCCUCCAGGCUCAAGAACAGUCUACCCCUCUUUAGCAGGGGAUGCUUCGUGCGCAACCAAUAACCUGCCUGCUUCAACCGGGACGUGUCCUGAAGGCCCUCCGGAGACGGCUGGGCACUGCACCUAUCAUCCCUUGUCAGUGAGGAUACUGGACAGCUGGCAUUCCUGCAGGCGUAAAACUGGGAGGGGGAUCUUUUGGAGCACCUCUUGAGUUCUCAACCCAAGACACUUCCUGGCCUGCUCCCCUCCUCAGAAUUGCCCCUGCCCCGCCCCCGCCCUCUUUGGCACCUAGUCCAGGCACUCUUUUUGGGGUUGUCUGUUGCCAUGACGAUCUUCCCAUCUUCCGAGGCAGCUGAGCUGGUUGCUAUGGCAGCCUCUCGAGCAGGGAAGGGCCUUCCUGCUUCCCCCCCUCCCCCCCUUCCAUGGACAAAGUGGUUUUUAAUCCUGGGAGGUUUUUAAGAAGAGACAGACACUUGUCUGAAAUGGUAUAUAUGAUCUCCUGCUCAAGCAGGGUGCUGGACUAGAUGACCUCCAAGGUCCCUUCCAGGUUCUAUUCUGAUUCUGGCCCACCAGGGAUGGGACAGCCUCCCCUCCACAGCUGCAGCUUCCUUUCCCGAAUGUCUUACAGGGUUAGAUUGGUCUCUUCUGCUGGGCUGCUCCUUCCAGGUUGCCCCUCCCUCCCUCCUCCUCCUCCUCCUCCUCUGUCUUCCUUGGCCACAGCUGUGGAGGUUGAAGGCUGCCGGUCCUUUCGUUCUAGCCAGCUGUUCACCGUCAUCAGUUCCCCCCAGUCACGUCCCACCUGCGCUUCCCUGCCCUGACACUCCACUCCCUUUGCAAAGGCCUCCCUCCAUACCUGCCCUGAGGUGAAGCGACUUGGUCUGCCUUCCAAACUCCUCCCCUCGAAAUCUGGAGGCUCUCCGGGGACUCAGUGGGAGCCCAAGCGAAGUCUCCUGGGCUUGUCCAGCCACUCUCCGGUGCCUUGAGCCCGCUACUCUAGAACAGAACCGAAGGGCGCCAACACUCUACGCAGAAAACCUUUGGAGGCGUCCUUGUGGCUGGACAAUAGCCCUUGCGGCUGAACUGUGGCCGGUGGCACCUGAGGUUCCCGGUGCUCUGGUGCCCAGAUUCCGGUGCCGCCUCUUGGCUGGACAGGCUGUCCUGAGAAGGUCCUUGAAUUACAUCUGGGUGGGCUCCAUCGUCAGAGAGACACCCCUAUAGAGUAGUGUUUUUCUCAGCCUUGGCAGUAUUUAAGGCAGUGGAUUUUAUCUCCCAGAAUUCCGCACCUGGCUGUGCUAGAAAAGGCUGUGCCUGUCUUAAAAGGUGCUGUGGUUCAGAAAUGCUGCUCUGGCACAACCUUUCUGGCUUCGUGGGCCGGUGGGGAGAGAAGGGACGGGGCCGUGGGAGCUUCACGCACGUACGCGGCUCUAUUUCUCACGCAAAUACAUUUGGGUAUGUGCCCUCGCCUGCCACUUCUGCGGCCCAGUUCCAAACGGGCUGUGGAUCGGGUACUGGGCUGCAGCCCAGGGGUUGUGGACCCCUGCUCUAGCGUAUCCUGUACAUUCAAAUACGAAGCAUAACGUAAUCCUCUCCUUGAUAUAUUCUCCCACGUAGCACGCUGAGCAAAAGGUUGGACAAACUCUGAUUGAGUGAUUGUUUACGGCGGAGGCACUGCCAACACCCCCUACCUCCAAAAUAAACCUGAUGCCAUUUUGUCACUUCACACACACCCUUGGGACUUGGGUGUCAGUCUGGCUGCUUUCUCAUCAGUCUGGCAAAUCCAGUUCAUGCCCACAAGGAGUUCUUGGCCGAGGCAAGAUGGGAGCCAGCUGGGUGCUCCGAUGCAUAGCCAAGAAGUAUUUCCCGCUACAGCAUGCAGAAUUCCGGGGGGGGGGGGAGACUCCUUGAGGUCUAGUAUGAUGCCCUAGCCCAGGAGUCUGCAACCUUAAACACUCAAAGAGCCAUUUGGACCCGCUUCCCACAGAAAAGAAAACACCGGGAGCCACAAAACCUGGGUGGGCAUGGCCAACUCAAUGUCACUCACUUCCACCAGUCACAUGAUCCGCCCCCAGCCACGCCUACCCAGCCAGUCAUUAGGGCGGAGAACCGGUUGUUAAAAAACACCAGGAACCACAAAACCCUUUUGACACCUCUCUCUUUCUUUCUCCUCUCUCUCCCCUCCUCUCUCUGUAUCUCUCUUUCUCUGCCGUGGUCACUUCUCCAUCCCCCGCCAUCGCCUUUACCUUCUCAAGCCAGGCAAGGAGUGACUGGGAGGUUGGGGCCAGCCAGUGGUGGGAUCACUCGACAGGGAGCCACAGCAGAGGACCCAAAGAGCCACAUGCAGCUCAAGAGCCCCAGGUGGCUGACACCCGCCCUAGCUCUGUAUCGCCGAGGAAGUCUUAAUAAGCUAAAUUUUAAAUGUUUCGUCUGUUGAACUUGGGAAAAGUUCUCCCCACAGAGGAAGAGCUGUAGCUGUGCCAGCGUCUUUCCGUGGCAAUCACGACCCGCUCUCUUUCAUACAACACCUUUGUGUCCAGCAGUGUCUGGAAUGGAUGUGAUAUGCCCUCCCACUGUGCCUAGGCUGGGAACCACCAAAUAUUUCCUUCCUGGCUGCAGUGUGACCCAGCUUGUCUACACCAUCCUUUUGCCCAGGCCUUGGUGGAAUGCUGACCCACGACAGGCCGGCAAUGGCCCACCCUCUGAUUUGCAUUUGGGGCAAAGAGAAGUGGGGAGCUCCCACUGUGGCCGGUCUGGCCAUCUCUGGUUUUCCACCCAUGGAGUGCUGCCUUCCUGCCAUCGGCUGGCGUAUCAUGCUCCUGGCUUUGCAUGGAGGUUAUGUGGACCCUGGUUAGCUUCUUUUGGGUGCUGGUGGGAAGGGGUUCUGCUCAAUGCCCUGGGCCUCCAGUGCUUUAGGGGGCAUCUGGGCAAGGGGGAGGGACGCGUCAGUACUGGCUACGCCAGGGAUCUUUCUGCCCCAGGUGGAUAACACCGGUUCGCUGUUAUGCACCAGUACAGCAAGUACGCCAUGCUGGGUGAAAUCAUGGGUGCCUGGCUGCAGUGGGCAGUGCCCAUGCUGAGGGUCUCUGUAACUCUCCCCCAGCCAUCCUAGAAUGUCUUCCUUGUCAAGGUCCGUGCCUGGUCCCGUCUGCUUGCUCCGAUGAGCAGCCCAAAGGAGAUGGAUGCAUGGAGAACCGGGGAGCAAGGGGGACUCCUGGCCUAGCAGAACCCCUCUUUUCAGCCCUGGUGGGGCAGAGGAGGUGACUGCUUGGUCAGAAAAGGGGAGCAAGAGUUCUCCCAUGGACUUCAUCGCACCCCACUCCCUUGAGUUCAACCAGUACUGUACAGUGCUCGCAACUACGCCAGACAGAUGCAGGCUUCGAGGGAGGAACGGCUUCCCAGCCAGGGGCUCUGUCGGCAUCCUUUGGUGUGCCUCGCCGCUUCCCUCCCUAGUUGCUCCCACCUGACAAGGGGGGGGAUGAGCCAAGCCCCUCCCUCCACCAGGACUGGUGUCGCCUGACUCCAGGUUCGACACACGAUCCUCUGGGUGCAGCAGAGAGAAGUGACGGCGUCCCAGCAGCACAAAGCAAACUGAGUCAAAGGCGAUGGAGGCUCAGGAGGGUGAGGCAGCCCCCAACAUCGUGGCUUUUGCUGGCAGGUCUACCUUGCAUGGCAUCAGCCACGUCUUCUUGGCGGGGCCGCUCACACCACGCCGCAUAGCCUGGGGAGCGGCAGUCCUGGCUGCCCUGGGGAUCGUCCUGUACCAGGUGGCCGACCGGGUCCAGUAUUAUGCGGGGUACGACCAUGUCACUGCGCUGGACAAAGGAGAGGGCCGGCAGCUCACGUUCCCAGCUGUCUCCUUCUGCAACGUCAACCGUAUCCGGCGGUCCCGGCUGACCCCCAACGAUCUGCACUGGGUAGGUCGGGAGCUGCUGGGUGUGGAGCUAUCUGACUACCCAGAAUACAGCCGAGCCUUGGGCUGGCCUGACCCGGAGGCCGCCCGAGCCUUCCCCAGCAGGAGUUUCAACCUGCGUGAAUUCGUGGACCGGACCAGCCACGACUUGGAGGACAUGCUGCUGGAAUGCCGCUUUGGAAACCGGCCCUGUGGCACCAGGAAUUUCAGCACUGUGAGUGCCCCUCGCUUCCCUCCGGGACCACCCCUUGGCUGCAGUGCCACCCCCACCUCUCCUUGUUCUGGUCUCAGUGUCAGGCAACUGUAGCUGCUGUGCCCCCUCUUCAGCCAUGGGGAGGCAGCCCCUGGCACGCUGUCAGGACCAAAAGUCCACAACAAGAGUCUGAGAGAGCCCAGGGUCCCUCACGGUCCCCACGGCAGAAAAGGGAGAAUUCCUAACUUGGAAAGUCUCCUCCCUUUGGCAGAGAGAUGGGAAGGGCUGGCUGGCUAACCCCCAUGGCCCUGGGCUCUAAACUUUUUUUUUUUAAAAUUUUAUUUAUAUGCCACCCUUCUCCAGAGACUCAGGGCGGCUUACAAUGUGCUCAGCAAUAGCCUUCAUCCUUUUGUAUAUUUAUACAAAGUCAGCUUAUUGCCCCCACGAUCUGGGUCCUCAUUUUACCUACCUUAGAAAGGAUGGAAGGCUGAGUCAACCUUGAGCCUGGUGAGAUUCGAACUUACAGUAAUUGCAGACAGCUUGAUGUUAAUAACAGUGCUUUAGUCUGCUGCGCCACCAGGCUCCUUAAACUUGACCCUCGUGUGGGGGGAGAGGGGGAGGGAAUUGUAUAGCCAGGUGCCCAGAGAUUUGAUGGAAUGACACAGUAGUGAGGAAACUUUGGGUGCUCCCCUGGUACCAAUUCCUUUAUUGGGAGAGGGCCAGUGCCAAGCAUGAAGGGGGCCAUGGGAAUCUCUGAGCAAAGCCAAGCUUUUUGUUACCUCUUCCUCCUUCUCUGGCUUAUCUCCUGAACAAGGGGGCAGCUGCCCCAAUGAAAUUAAGCAUCCCAAAUGCUUUCCCAGCCCCCUGUUUCUUUGGAUGCCAGGUGAAGGGGGUGCACAAGGGGGUCUCUGGGGGUGCCAAGAGGCGUUGUUGGGGCUGGCUGGUGGGGGCAAGCGCCGCUCAGCUUCUUUCUCCUCUUUCUUCCCAAAGGACACUCAGGUUACAGCUGGGUGCUACGUCAGCCACACCAGCCAGAUUCGCCUAAUGGCAAGUUAGCACAAUCUGAGCCGGCUGGCAGAGGGACUGACGAGGAGGAGGGGGUUGGCACUUAGUUCAAUGUCAUAUCACUGCAUCAAUUUGGGGGCUGGUCCAUGCACAGGAUGGAGGAAGGGGUGGGAAGGAACCCUGAGGCCAUCUAGCUUGGCCCUUCUGCGUCUCCUCGAUCUACUGACCCUUGAUAUUUGAGCUUCAGGGCACGCAAAACGGCCACCGGUGAGAAACACCUGGUGCUUUCCCUGAGUCUACUAGCCAGGUGCACCCCCUUUCCCUCCCUCUCCACACUAAGUGGGGGUGAAGAAGGGGAUCCAUCGGUGCCCUAAUUCAGGCUUUGUAGCAACUCUGCUGGCGAUCUCUGGCUGUGUCCGCACGACUGUCUUUAGAAGAGCACAUGACGGCCGUGGCCAGGGGGGCUUUUUAUCAGGUUCGCCUGAUACGCCAGUUGUGUCCCUUUCUGGAUCAGGACUUCCUACGCAUGGUCACUCAAGCACUCGUCACUUCCCGCCUUGACUACUGCAAUGCUCUCUACAUGGGGCUCCCCUUGGGGUGCACCUGGAGGCUGCAGUUGGUCCAGAACGCGGCCGCGCGGGGGAUUAUGGGAGCGACGGGGCGUUCCCACGUGACACCUCUCCUGCGCGAGCUGUACUGGCUUCCUGUGGUCAUCCGGGUGCGCUUCAAGGUGUUGGUGACGACCUUUAAAGCGCUCCAUGGCUUAGGGCCGGGGUAUUUGCGAGACCGCCUUCUGCCGCCGAUAGCCUCCCACCGACCAGUUCGCUCACAUAGAGAGGGCCUCCUCAGGUGCCGGCUGGCAACCCCCAGGGGGAGAGCCUUCUCUGUGGCAGCACCUACCCUCUAGAAUGACCUGCCCCCGAGAUACGCAUGAUAUCAGACCUCCGGACUUUUCGGUGGGCCCUGAAGACACACUUGUUCCAUCUAGCUGUGCUGGCUUGAUCCCAUCCUCUCAGUUUUUAAUCGAAAUUCAGUUUUAAUUGGGUUGUUUUAAAUUUGGGCCAAAAUUAUUUAAUUGUUUUUUUAAAUGUUUUUAAAUUUUAUAUGCUAUGUUUUAUCCUGGCUGUACACCGCCCUGAGUCCCGCAGGAGAAGGGCGGUAUAGAAAUAUAAUAAAAUAAAAUAAUAAAUAAUAAAUAAAUGAGGAGGCCAGAGUGCCUGACCCCGUGUUAUCUCAACGAACAAUUGUGCAACUGCCGGGACGU